CCCGUGAAUCAUCUUCUGUACUCAUCAAACUCUUCGCCUGUCGUUGGGCUUCACUGUAAACCAGUUCAUUGCUACAUUCUACCAUGUAUUAACUGUUGAAAAGCUCCAUUACAUUCAUUAACACUUCUUUCUCUCAUUUUACCACAUUUUCUUUAAUUUUCCCUCACCUCGUUUCAACAUGCAUACCUCGCGCUCUCCAUCAGCAUCAUCGACAGCGUCGACAGUUGUAGACGACGAAGCUGCCCAACACCUUAUUGAAAAAUACGAUCCUCCAAAUACUCUUCCUCCUUUAGAAUAUACAAGACAUCAAUUCUUUACAUUUUCACGCAUAUAUUCUAUAUGUUUACACUCUCUCGUUGUCAUCCUACUUCUUCUCGUCGCCUAUCAAAACCGGCCCUCUCUUCUCAAAAUACAAACCGCGGGCCGCACUUGGUCUCCUAUACACAAAUAUCUCAAGUAUGAAGUCAACAGCGCCACCUUUGACUACCAUCACGACACAAUCUUCUCUGGGCCUCCAACAAAGGAACACAAUCUUGCUUGGAUCAACCUUUUAAAACCUGCAUACUUUGGCGCGUCUCAUGAUGAAAUGAUUCACGCAGGGGAGUCCUUUGAAAACGUCACCGAAUUGACAGCCGGCGGCUACAUGGCAAGUCUCGGUGUAUAUCAUGAAAUACACUGCGUACGUCAGUUACGCUUUUGGCUGUACAGGGAAUCAUAUUAUCCCAACUUGACCACGGCGCAAGAAGACUAUCUCUACCACCAUCUCGACCACUGUUUAGAAGUAUUACGCAAGUCAGUCAUGUGCCAUGGCGACUCGUCCGUUAUUACAUUUAACUGGAACAACAUCGGCGAUGACCACCCACAAAUACAGAGCAACUCUAGGGCUGUAUGCGUCGACUGGAACUCGAUCGAGACUUGGGCGACUUCAAGAAUGGUGGGGAAUAAUCCCGACGUUAUACGUCCAGAGCACGCCUCUCAUUCAAAAUAAAUAUAUUGCCUUUUGCGCAUGUCCUCCAAGCCAUAUGUGCGUUUUGAUCUCGAGACGAAUGAAAAAUGUACUCAGGUCAUUGCAUUGUAGUGUCACAUCUUAGACCCAACAAACGCUAUGGGCUCGAAGAAUACGAAUCAAAUCUAAAAUGCGCCUCUGCUGC